AUUAAUUCCUUUUUUUUUUUUUAAACAAAAAAAAAAAAGCCUUUCUAUUUUACACACACUCUCUCUUUCUUUUUAUUAAGUAAUAUCCUACAAAUCCGGGUCACUGGCCUCUACUCGUAAAAACAAAGUAAAUCAAACGACAUAACUCUCUCUUUUUUUCUUUGUUACAAGAAAAAUUACAACAUACAACAUAAUAUACAAAUCUAGUAUGGCUCAAGAUAACGAAAAAAUUCAAGUCAAUGAUCAGACGAUCAUUGAAGAUGUUCAAAGCUUCACCUCCGAUGACUCCUCUAAAGAAAAGGGUCAUACCUUGAAGCGUGGUUUGAAGGCUCGUCACAUUCAAAUGAUCGCCCUCGGUGGUACUAUCGGUACAGGUUUAUUCAUGGCUUCUGGUAAAGCUAUUGCCAAUGGUGGCCCCGGUGGUGCUAUUGUUGCUUAUGCCUUGGUUGGUCUCCUCGUCUUUUGUGUCAUGAUGAGUUUAGGUGAAAUGGCCGCUUAUAUUCCUGUCGCUGGUUCUUUCUCUCAUUUUGCUACUCGUUUCGCUGAUCCCUCUCUUGGCUUCAUGGUCGGUUGGGUUUAUUGGGCCAAUUGGGCCGUUGGUGUCGCUGUCGAAUUGACUGGUGUAGCAAUGAUUAUGGAAUAUUGGAUCACAAGUGUAAACAGUGUUGUCUGGUCUGUCAUCUGUCUUGUCAUUCUCGUCGCUAUCAAUGUCUUUUCUGUUAAAGGUUAUGGUGAAAUCGAAUAUUGGAUUUCUUUCAUCAAAAUCGUAGUCGUUGUCAUCUUCAUUAUCGUUGGUAUCUGUGUUGAUACUGGUGCUGUUGGUGGUGUUAAUUAUGGUGUAUCCAACUUCCAUUUACCUGGUGGUGCUUUCCCUAACGGUUUCCUCGGUGUAUUCAAUGUCUUCAUUACUGCUGCCUUCUCCUUCAAUGGUGUUGAAAUUGUUGGUAUCACUGCUGGUGAAUCUGCUAACCCUCAUAAGACCGUACCUGCUGCUGUCAAGCAAGUCUUUUAUCGUAUCGUCUUGUUCUAUAUCCUUUCAAUUCUCAUUAUUGGUCUUGUUAUCCCUUAUACCGAUCCUAACCUCUUGCAAGGUUCUGAUAACAUUUCAGUUUCUCCUUUCACUCUUGUCUUCCAAAAGGCUGGUGCUGCUUGGGCUGCUGAUAUGAUGAACGCCAUUAUUUUGAUUACCAUGAUCUCUGCUGGUAACUCUGGUGUCUACUCUUCUUCUCGUACUCUUUUAGCUUUAGCUACUGAUGGUUAUGCACCUCACUUCUUCUGUUUCGUUAACCGUUGGGGUAUUCCUAUCUGGUCCGUUUUGGCUACUUGUGCUAUUGGUUGUCUUGCUUUCUUGACUUCUCUCUUUGGUUCCGGUGUUGUCUUCACCUGGUUGACUUGCCUUACUUCUCUUGCCGGUUUGAUCACCUGGGUUACUAUCUCUGUUACCCAUAUUCGUUUCCGUCAAGGUUAUCUUUCACAAGGCCGUUCUAUCACCGCACUUCCUUAUGUUGCUCCCUUCUUCCCCUUCUGUGAUAUCUUUGUGAUUAUUGCUGGUACCAUCAUUAUCUUUGGUCAAGGUUACAAGUCCUUUAUUGCACCUAUUACACCCACUGGUGUGAUUUCUACUUAUAUUGGUUUGAUCUUGGCUGUUGUGCUUUAUGCCGUACAUAAGAUUUGGAAGCGACCUUCAUUUGUCAAGAACUCUGAAAUGGACUUCGAAACCGGUACUUUGCAAGAAACUGUCAUGAAUAUUCGUGAAGAUGAAGGUUUAGAUGCCAAUGGUAACCCCAUUCCUAAGUGGAAGCAAAUCUGGUCCAAGGUCAUUGAUAUUAUUGCUUAAUAUUCUAUAUCCACCUUUUACUCUCAUUUUUUCUCUUUAUUAUUAUUAUUAUUAUUAUUGUAAAUAUGUUUUUCAACAACAUAUCCCUUAUUAUUAGUGUACAUAUAUUCUCUUAUCCAUUC